AUGAAUCGGAACAGAAUAGAGUAUGAGAGCCGCAUCAACACGUUCUCUUGGACCCAGUUCCAGGAAGAACAACGUCGGGAAGCGAGAAGCCGACCUUCUGUCCGUUAGCCGAAAGCUCAGUGCUCCCCAUCUGAACUUCGUGCUUUUCAGAGACCUAUGAUACCUCCAAUGAACAUUAGACCGCCAAAACCGAUCAAGACUAUUGUCAUUGAUGAAUCUGAAGGCAGCACAGGAACAAACAUCGUUUCCAGUUGGAGUAUGUAUGGAAUUUUUGUGUUCUUCCUAAAAAAAAAUACGUUUAUAGUCGCAAAGAAUCGUUUUAUGCAAAAACCGAAACGUGACAUUAUUGAUAUUGAUGAUACUGAGGAUUCUGCCGACAAGAACGAUGAGAUGAAGAACGUGCUGGAUCGAAAAGAGCUCGUUGGAAAAGAGGAGGCUGUGGCUGGAGGUAAUAAUUAGUUUCCGUCGAUCAGAGCUUGUUUGAACUGUCCGAAUCACUAAGUUCCCUGUUUUCUUGCUGUUCGCGUUUGUGCUGAGCGGAGCCAAACAGUUGUCGGACACACCCUCCUCGCUAAUCUCUCGUUCCUCUUCAAACGUCUGUCCUUUGCCCGCUACUCCAGUAGCACACCAGAAUCUUGGCGCCUCCCACUGUUUACACGACAAAUAUGUGCGGUGCGAUAGGGCACGCUUGCAAACGCCUUGGUCUUCGCCGCCUUGAGUGACUGAUAACAACUGCCCUUACAUCGUUUUUCUCCCGUCGUUUCUCUGACGUUCUGCUUAUCUUACUUCUCAACGCGCCGUUUUCUGUUUUCAGGUUUGUCCGUCAAACCCAUCAACGUGAUUGAGAUCGACGACGACGAAGACGACGACGAUAUCAUCGUGCUCAAUUCGCCACCACUAAAGAAAAUGACACAGUAUGAAGCAGCUACGGUAAGAAUAAUUUACUAGAAAAGAAAACAAGGAAGAGAUUAAGUUGCAGGCCGAGACGUUCUGGACACAGACCCUGAAGAAAGACAGCAUAGAGUCGAAGAGUGUGCUGACUGCGAAUGUCGACGCUGCACAGCAACUGUUUCGAACAUGGAAUCAAGUGAAGGGAGUGCAGCCACUUAUCAAUAGCAUACCGUCGACUGAGUUCACAAUCUGCUCGUAUAAUGUUCUCUGUCAGAAGACCAUCGCUCGCACCAGUUACCUCUAUAAACAUCUGAGAAACACACCCGGACUGCUCGAGUGGGAUUAUCGUUGGAAAGGUCUGAGGACCGAACUGCGCAAUUUCAAGGCGGAUAUUGUCGGUCUUCAGGAAGUGCAGGCAGAUCACUUUACUGAUGAUUUUGCCCCAUUCAUGAAUGGCCGUAAGUUUUCUAUGUAGUGGUCUGUCUUGAACCGUAUCAUUUCAGUUGGAUAUACGGGAGCAUACAAAAGAAAGUUCGGAACUACGCAGAAAGACGACGGAUGCGCCAUCUUCUACCGUCCGGAUAAGUUCAAACAAAUCGGUUACGAAGAAGUGAACUUCUUCGUGUCGCCCAACGCCACGUCGAACCGCGAGAACAUUGCCCAAUUAAUGGUUCUUCAGUGCCACAGGACGUGCCAAUGCGUGAUAGUCGCCAACACGCAUCUCAUUUUCAAUCAGGAGCGUGGAGACGUGAAAUUAGCACAGCUUGCCAUACUUUUCGCGAACAUUCACCAAAUGCACAAAAACUUUUUAAUGUUCAAUCCGGCAGUCAUCGUUCUUGGAGACUUCAACAUUGAGCCGUACUCGAAAAUUUACGAUUUCAUCGUCACCGGACAGUGAGUUUGAUCAGCAAAACAGCUGAGAUCGAAAGAAGGCCGAGACAUAGUCCAUUCAAAAACUGAGCACACAAUGUUUCAGGCUGUUAGUACACGGUGAGCUGGUGCGUUCGAUGAGUGGGCAGAGCAAGAGAACCGACGGAAUGUUAUGCUGUGCGGACAAACUGCUCUGCGAUACUAUGAUCGAUUUGGAUUCGAGGAUCCGUAUAAUGGGUAGGAUGCCAUCCACAUACUUCCGCUCUUCAUCUCUUUCGAGUUUUAGGCGCACCGAUUCCUCGUAAUGACGGGUACCUCCGUCAUCAGUUCCAGUUCGUUUCCGCUUAUCACCACAAUGUUCCCAGGAGCACAGAGAAGAGGCGUCCUAUCUCGACGUAUCACAAGGAUUCCGCUUCGCCCGACUUCAUCUUCUACACACCGGAUACUUCGAACAUGGUCUGUAUCGUCCCCAUCAAAACAUGCACAAUUUCCGAUUGCAGGGCGUCGAAAGACUCCAACUCCUCGAACGAUACACUCUUCCCACCUUUGAAAGUCUGCAGAACACGGUUCCGUGGCCGAAUAAGAGUGUUCCGAGCGACCAUAUCCCGAUUAUGGCCAAAUUCCGAUUGUACCAAUGCUUCUGA